AUGACUUUCGAGAGCCACAACGAAUUUAGAAGUGAUACUUUCACAGUGCCAACUCCAGAGAUGUUGGCCUCAGCAGUGAAUUGUUCCGUCGGAGAUUCCGUCUACAAGGAAGACCGUGAUACUUUAGAGCUUGAGAGCUAUGUUGCCAAGCUUGCUGGAAAGGAAGCUGGUCUUUUCUGCUGUUCCGGAACGAUGUCGAACCAAAUUGCACUCAGAACUCAUCUUUUCCAGCCUCCACAUCGUAUUUUGUGCGAUUACCGCUCCCACGUUUACACACACGAGGCAGGUGGUCUCGCCACACUUUCUCAAGCUAUGGUGACGCCGGUGAUUCCAUCAAAUGGCCUAUAUCUCACGCUUGAUGACAUUAUCGACAACUUCAUCCCAGAUGACGGUGAUGUGCACAUGGCUCCAACCAGGGUUGUUUCCUUGGAGAACACCUUGAGUGGCAUCAUCUUCCCAUUGGAUGAGUUGGCCAAGAUUUCCCACUGGUGCCACCAGCAUGGUAUUAGAUUGCACUGUGAUGGUGCAAGGUUGUGGAAUGCUGCUGCCGAGGUUGGUGUUCCGAUCUCCGAGUACUGCAAAUAUUUCGACUCUGUCUCUUUAUGUCUGUCGAAGUCGCUUGGUGCACCGAUCGGCUCUGUUCUUGUAGGCCCACGUGAAUACAUCGAGAAGGCUAAUCACUUCAAGAAGCAAAAUGGUGGUGGUAUACGGCAGAGUGGUAUGCUAGCCAGAAUGGCCCUCAUGGCACUAAAGACCAACUACUCGAAGCUCACGCAGACCCACAAGUGGGCCAAGGAGUUCGGCAAGUGGUGUGAUAAGCAAGGUAUUGCUCUGGAGGUGCCUGUGCAGACUAAUUUCGUGUUUUUGGACUCGAAAAAGGUCCAUUUGAACCCUGCCGUGUGGCAGGAGGCCGCAAAGAAGCAUAACGUCAAAGUUAUGGGCUACCGAAUCGCCUUCCACUACCAGAAUGAUGCCGCUUCCGUGGAAAAUCUCAAAAAGGCUCUUCUAGAGGCUUUCAAGGACUCGCUGGUCAAUCCUUACGUGUUUAGAGGUGCUCCUAAGCUUUAUAGAGUCAACUCAAACAGCUCAGAGUUGACUAUGGUUGCAGAACACGAGAAGCAGUCUGCCAAGGUGAUUUGA